AGGCCAAAGGGUUUUUCAAGAAGUGAACGGGCUCUGUAUAGAUGAAAAGUCGUUUUGAAGAUCGACAUCAGCUCUCAUUUUUUUUUGUUCGGUAAUGACGAAGUUUCUCAAUAUGGCCAUACAAUAAAGAAAAAAAAUCGCCUGCGUGAAUUAAACGUGGCUGGAUCAAAAAACUGACAUUUGAUUAGCUGUAAAUUUCCUCUGAAAAAACCACAUGGCAGAUAAUGAUACUCUAAAUGCAUUCUCUUGGGUGGCUCUAGCUACGUUUUUAGUUGUCAUUGUGUUUGUGGUUUUUCCAGUUCGCAUAAAAUUAGGAGCAUGCGGCAAGCCAAACUGGCGAAUUACACUUGACAUUGCGACAGCCCCAAUUCUCGGCAUAAUCUUUCUAUUAGCCACGACUACUAUCAAACCAUAUGUGGUACUCCGAGGGUUCUUAGGAUCAGCAGGAAUUCAACCUUGGGGAGUCAUGAUUCUGUUUUAUUCACUGGCCUACAUUUGCAUCUCACUGGAUCUGACUGGAUUAUUUCAAUUUUGUGCAUUUUGGAUAUCGAGAAGAGCAGGAUCCAAUGGCCACACUGUGUUCACAGCCUUCUUCAUAUUGACUACAGUCAUGAGUGCUUUGACAAGUAACGAUGUGGUCAUUCUCACCGGAACAGUCUUCUUAUCUUACUUUACAAGAGUGUCGGACAUUCAUCCUACAGCGUUUUUGAUGAGCGAGUUUACAACCGCUAACAUAGCAUCUAUGGCGCUUUAUAUUGGAAACCCAACCAACGUGGUGGUCUCGCAAGCAUACAACAUUGGAUUCUUAGAGUACUCAGCGUGGAUGCUCCUCCCAACCGUUAUCUGUACUAUACUGGCUUACAUUACAAUGCGGAUCUUAUUUCGAAACCCUAAAUAUAUACCAAAAACUAUAUUGAGCCCAGACGCCGACCCCAAAAGCGUACUGGUCGAUCCAUUCGGAGCAGUAUUUGGAGUAGUCUUAUUAGGAUGCUGUCUGGGCACGUUGAUAGGAACUUCAUUCGCAGGUGUCGAAGUUUGGCAGAUUACGCUACCGUUUUCGGUUGUCAUGUUUGUCCGCGACGUGGUGCACGACGUAGGCGGAGGAAAAAUCAUUUUACAGUGGGCCAAAUCUGGGCGACAGCGUGCUCCCCCGUCCACGAAUGAAACGGUUGACCAUAUCUCGUCAUCCCGAUCCAUUGGCUCUCAGACCACCGACGGUAUUCCGCUUGAGCAAGUUGCCACCCAAUCUCCAUUACCACCGGCUCUGUCCACGAGCGUCUCCAUCGCUUCAUCCAGAUCUAUUGUAAGAACGAAUGCUCCCAGUAUUCGCUCAGAAAACUCUAGCAAGGCAGAAAAAUCACAUCGCUUCCGAGAUCGAUUUCCUACCCUGUAUGAUAUCGGCACUCGAAUGCCGUGGAAAAUUCUUCCUUUCGCACUAGGCAUGUUUAUUUUAGUCGAGGCUCUUUCUGAUUUAGGCUGGACAGCGAUCUUUGCCAUCGCUCUCGCACGCAUCACGCCAAAUUAUUAUGCUGCCGUUUUUUCCGUAACCUUUAUCACGCUAAUGGCAUGUCAACUCCUGAACAAUUUACCUAUGACGAUUCUAUUUACUCGGAUUAUGCAACACCCUAAUUUUUAUCAAGCCGCAAAUGUUACGCCUCAAGUGUUGAAAGGCUGUAUCUUUUCCUUGGUAGUCGGCAGUAAUUUGGGCGCCUGCUUUACAUUAGUGGGCAGCUUGGCUGGUAUAAUGUUCGAUCAUAUCCUCAAAACCAAAGGCAUUUACGUUCUCCAAUAUUUCCAGUUUCUGAAAUGGAAUCUGGUUAUUAUGCCGGUAUUAGCUACUGGAGCUUGCUGUGUUUUGAUAGGAGAACUUUGGUAUGCUUUUCGAUAAAAGUGGCUGAAAUUUUCGUGGCAUUCAAUGUCCGCUUGUCGAGAACCCUGACAAUGUGUCUGCACGGAUUUUCCCGAAUGAUAGCAAAGCGAAAGUAAUUUUAAAUAAUUUUAUCUAAAAUAUUCUCAAUAGACGAAAUAAAGUCGCAUAAUACUCUAAAUGCCAAGUGA